GACGUAGAGCUGACAGAAGGCAGGGGGGAAAUAAACAAGCCUCGCUUUUAUGAAACGGUGGUUGCUACUAUAACCAAGCGCUUAACGGAGUCAAGCUUGGUCCAGAGGCUCAAAGCUCUUGAUAAUCGCUUUUGGCCUGGAGAGCAGGAAGACUGGACUUUGUUUGGCGAACAAGAAGUGCACCGUCUGGCUAAAUCGCUCGGAGAACCAGCCGGGGAGGCCGUGGAGCAGUUUAGAGACUGGAAAUUGCAGGGCACUCCACCGGGCAAAACACUGAAACGGCUAUGCAUAGCAAGUCGCACUUACCUCCCCACGUCUGCUGAGUGCGAAAGAGGCUUUUCCGCUGUGAAUAACACCGACAACCAGAGCCGCAACAGGUUGCGCGAGGAGAGCCUGUCUUCGCUUCUGUUUGUGGACCUAAACGGACCCCCUUUGGACAAAUUCGACCCAGUGCCGUUCGGGAAAAGCUGGAUUAAAGCAGGACAUCGUCUCUCUUCUUCUUGGAAACCAGGACGGCAACGAGAAGAAGUCGAGCCAAGGCAUCUUUGGUCUAUUCACUUAAGGCUCGCGCUCCAGCAUCACUUCCUGACAACAGCAGCGAUGGCGGAGCCCGCAGCAUCGGAUGCGGUGGCCACAGCAGCCUCCACGACCCCGGGCCUCUCCCCGGCAGCCAGCCCGGGAUCAGAGCCUCCCUCCCUGGCUCUGUCUCCCACGGCGGACGGCUCCCAGCGGCUGCUCUUCUCCCACGACCUGGUCACUGGGCGGUAUCGCGGCUCUGUCCGUUUCGGCCUCGUACGGAUGAUCCACGGUGAGGAGGAAUUUAACUCAGACUCGGACCUCGAUGACGGUGGUGGUGGAGGAGGAGGAGGCGGAGAAGGAGUCCCCGGUGGGUCGGACACUGAGAGCGCUGUGGACAUCCCGAGUCGGCCUCUGUGUCGGGGGUUUGUCCGCGUCCAGUGGUACCCUGAAGGAGGAAAGCAGGACAUCAAGGAGACAAAGCUGAAACUUGAAGAUCGAUCCAUCGUCAUCAGAGAUAUCGUGCGGCGAAACAACUCAAAUGAUAACCAGUGUGGUAUUGUGACCAACAUUGACAUCGAGUGUGCGGUGAAACUGGUGGGAACAAACUGUGUUCUGUAUCCAGUGAACAGCAGAGACCUGCAGCACAUCUGGUCUUUUAUGUAUGGAGAUUACAUCGCCUAUGACUUCUGGCUGGGGAAAGUGUACGACCUGACUAAUCACAUCAUCCUCAAGCUCUCCAACGGAGCAAGGUGCUCCAUGAGUGUGGAGGACGGAGCGAAGCUUUACGACGUCUGUCCACAUGUCAGUGACUCGGGUCUUUUCUUCGACGAGGCGUAUGGUUUCUACCCGGGUCAGGUGCUGAUUGGCCCCGCCAAAGUCUUCUCUAACGUUCAGUGGCUGUCAGGGGUCAAACCCGUCCUCAGCAGGAAGUGCAAGUUCAGGGUGGUGGUGGAAGAGGUGAAAGUGGUCGAGCUGAAGGUGACGUGGAUCACGAAGAGCUUCUCCCCCAAAGGUUCAGACAGCGUGUAUCCCCCCCCCUCCAACAUCCCACAGGAGAGUCUCUGCCGGGUGCGUCGUCUAGGAUACUACGACCACACCCAGAGGCAGCUGGGAGAACGGGCCCUGUAUGUGUUCCCCGCCAAGGGGGACGCCACCCGCAUCACCUGUGAAGGACCCGAGGGUGCCCCUGUCCUGCCUGAAGACCCCAUGGCCAGAAAGUUGAAAAGGAUGUUCAAGAAAGAUUCAGGGAAGAAGACGGAGAACGCUGACGCACAAGGGGAGCACAAAUCGGAGCAGGACGACCCGUCUAAUCCCAACAACAACAAUGGCCACGUGGUCCCGGGUCAGAACCCUGCGGACUCCCAGAACCCCAACGACAGCUCGGCUGAACACGGCGAGCAGGACGCUGACGACGAGGCUGCAGAGGACACUGACGAUACCUGCUCUCUGACGUCAUCGGCCAGCUCCACAGCCUCCUCUCAGAGCGGCGGUCUGGGAGCAAACCGCAAGAAGAGCGUCCCUCUCUCCAUCCGGAACCUGAAGAGGAAGCACAAGAAGAAGAGGACCAAGUUCUCCCGCGAGUUCAAGCCUGGUGACCGUUUGUCAUCAACAAAGACCACGUCUGAUGUGAUGUGGAAGGACGGGCGCUUGGAGAAAAAGAUCAGAUCAAACGAGCUCAUCCCCAUCCAGCACCUCGACAGCCACGAGUUUUGUCCCGGGGACUUCGUAGUCGACAAAAGACCCCAAGCCCUCCAGGACCCGGGGGUGUACGGUGUGAUCCAGUCCGGUGAUCACAAAGGCAGAACAUGUGUCGUCAAGUGGAUCAAACUCAACUCCAGCAGCGACGACGUGGAGGUUUUUGGUCUGGAGGAGGAUGUCAGCGUGUACGACAUCACAGAUCAUCCAGAUUUCCAUUUCCGCACCACAGACAUCGUCAUCAGAAUAUGGAACUCAGAGAACGGAAACAACGACUGUGAGAAUGAGACGUCGGUGGGCCAGGUGUCCCGGGUGGAUGUGAGCAGCAAGGUGGAGGUGGUGUGGGCGGAUAACUCCAUGACCAUCGUCCUGCCACAGCACCUCUACAACGUGGAGUCUGAGAUCGAGGAGACGGAUUACGACUCGGUGGAGGAGACGAGCAGCGUGCUGUCCACUGAGGAGUGGGAGGACGAGAGCGACAGCUGGGAGACGGACAACGGCCUCACCACGGAGGACGACAGCCACAUCCACAACACAGACGCCACCGACACAGUGACCCCCACCCCCACCGGCUCCUCAAUGUUCAUUAUCCCCCCUCUAGAGGGAGGCAAAGCUGGGGUCACCAGCCCCUCUAAAGGGGCCACUGGAGAGGAGGGGGAGGCAUCUGUAGCUGCUGCGAGCCCUGCUUCUGCUGGAGGAACCAUUCCAGGAGCAGUGAACGGAGCGGAGAAGCCCGGUAAAGAGGGUUCCUCUCGGGGCUUCAGGGAGCUGAAGGAGGCGCUGAAGAUCCUGGAGAGCCUGAAGAACAUGACUGUGGAGCAGCUCUGGACCGGAGGGUCUCCCACCUCCCCGACUUCCGCUGAACCCGCCUCCACCACCAGCGUAGCGAGCUCAGUGACGCCCACCGUACCAGAGAAGCCGACCAAGGAGAAACGUUUCCUGGACGACAUCAAGAAGCUGCAGGAGAACCUGAGGAAGACGCUGGACAACGUCGCCAUCGUGGAGGAGGAGAAGAUGGAGGCUGUGGUGGAGGCAGGGGGCGCAGGAGCAGCGACAGAGUUGGAGCGAGCGGGAGAAGAGAAGCCUCAGCAGGACCCUCAGACCCCGGUCGGAGGAGGGGAGUGGCCCAGCGAAUUUCUCAGUGACACCCCGGUACUGUGCCAGCAGAGCGGAGGGAAGCCCGGCGUCACCUUCACCAGCGCCAGGGGGGAGGUGUUCUCUGUGCUGGAGUGGGCCCCAGACACACAAUCGUUUUAUAAAAUGGAGUUUCAGCCAGCGGAGGCAAAGAAGUUCUUCAGCACAGUGAGGAAGGAAAUGGCUCUGCUCGCAACGUCCCUGCCAGAUGGCAUCAUGGUCAAAACAUUUGAAGAUCGCAUGGACCUGUUCUCGGCUCUGAUCAAAGGUCCGACUCGGACGCCCUACGAGGACGGUCUGUUCGUGUUUGACAUCCAGCUGCCCAACAUCUACCCCUCGGUGCCGCCUCUGUUCCGCUACCUGUCGCAGUGCAGCGGCCGCCUCAACCCCAAUCUCUACGACAACGGCAAGGUGUGCGUCAGCCUGCUGGGAACCUGGAUCGGAAAGGGCACUGAGAGAUGGACCAGCAAGUCUAGCCUGCUGCAAGUCCUCAUCUCUAUACAAGGCCUUAUCCUGGUCAACGAGCCGUACUAUAACGAGGCAGGCUUCGACAGCGACCGAGGCCUUCAGGAAGGAUACGAGAACAGCCGCUGCUACAACGAGAUGGCCCUGAUCAAGAUGGUGCAGACGAUGACGCAGCUGCUGCAGCACCCGGUGGAGGUCUUCAAGCAGGAGAUCCAGGAGCACUUCGCCUCCAACGGCUGGCGGCUCGUCUACCGGCUGGAGGCGUGGCUGGAGCUGCACGAAGGUGCCGAGCGGGGGCAGGCGGCGCACAUGGCCUCCAAAGCCCACCGACGCUCAUCAGUGGAACCUCUGGACGAGCAGGGGCCCGUAGUGGUGGCCCACAGCAGUCCCAGUAAGCCUGUGGAGGAGGGGGUCGCAGGAAAAGGAGUGACCAGUAUUAUAGAGGAGGAGCUGGAGGACUCAGGGCUGAGCCCCUCCACCACAGCCGCCUCUCAGCAGGAGCUGAGCCAGAACUCAGACUGCGACAGCCAGCAGGGGGUCUCCUCUGCCGACGGGGAGACCAGGACGGGCUCGGUGGUCCGCGGCCCGGCGUCAGAGCCCGCCCCGGCCAGCGCAGGAGGGACGGGCUCUGUGGGAAGCCAGCCGGUGGUCCGACCAAAGAAACGAAGAAAGAGCUACAGGAGUUUCCUCCCGGAGGGCGGCGGGUACCCGGACCUCGGCUUCCCGCUCUUCCCGCUCUCCAAGGGCUUUGUGAAGAGCGUGCGGGGGGUGCUGCUGCAGUACCGCGCCGCGCUGGUCGCCGCCGCCGUCCCCCAGCACACUGAGGACAAUGACUCUUCAGAUGAGUGUGAUGGAUAAAGAGCAGCGGGCCUCACCCAGUUGCACAAACCUGUUGGAGCUGCCCGUCACAGGAACCCUCAUCUGGACGCAGGUAAACAACAAGCUUUUACCAGAGGUCAAAGUUUCUCUUUUGGCCUCAGCAGGACUUUAGUGGAGCUGAUUUGGACGCAUGAAGAACUGAAUGAGAUGGAGAAUCAGUGCCAUGGACUCUCUUCCACCCAGCCCCCAGCAGCAUCCGCCACAUGUGUGGGGAUUUGUUAACCACUCUCUAUCAGCCUGAAAAAUGUUAAGCAGACUUGUUAUUAUUGCUGCAUUUUGGACGAGAUCAAAGAUGGCUGAAAAACUGAAGACCCAGCGCCUCCUGGGGUCUUUCUGUAGCACUACUGGUGUCCUCUCUGCACCGUCCUGCACUACAACACCCAACGGACAGUCUGGUCUGGGAGAGGAGACGCCGUGUAAACACACUGACCAGGAGGACUCUUUUUAAAUAGAAAUCACUGGUUGUACGCUUUCUGCCAAAUGCUCUCUGUCCAAAAACACACACACACACACACACACACACACAAUAUUCAAGUAGAGCAUACUGAAUGUCAGUAAAACUGCCAACCACAACAUCUUCACCACUUCUUCCACUUUAGUGAACUCGCUGGUAUUUUCCUACGCCAAGCACCCGCACUGAACCACGCCACAAACACCGAGUGACAAAGUUUACAUACGGAUCACCUCGUGUGUGUGUGUGUGUGUGUGUGUGUGUGUGUGUGUGUGUGUGUGUGUGUGUGUGUGUGUGUGUGUGUGUGUGUGUGUGUGUGUGUGUGUGUGUGUGUGUGUGUGUGUUGUG